CUUCAGCUAAUAGAAGUUGGUGCGGUACUGUCCGCCCUCCACUCGGCAAAUCCACCCGUGGUGCAUGGGGAUAUCAAAGCGCAAAAUAUCCUGAUCGACGGAGAUGGGCAUGCCUUACUGGCGGAUUUUGGACUUUCUCGCAUUUGUGAUGCGAGUGGUUUUACUACCCAGAGCAUCAUGGGAACAUGCCGUUGGAUGGCUGUGGAGUUGUUG